ACGACUGUACACGGGCGGCCAUGGCAGAAGCAGGGGCGAAGUUUCUCCCCCAUUUGGCCGCCGGUCUCCGCCUAUAUAUACCCCGCCCGCACGCGCCUCCUUCCCUGGCCAGACCGAGCUGCUCUUCCUCCUCCAGUCCAGACGUGGCGGUUUGACUUUCUGACCUCGGAACCGAUCGAAGGCGCCUCCCGUGGGGAAAAUCCCCGGACGAUUCUUGGAGAAGAAACCGCGGAUUCAGGGCCGGCGGAGGAGAGCGCGCCCCGCCGUUACUAGGAUUUGUGCCCCCGCUCUCGCUCCGAUCGAGGAGUGCAAUGAAGGCACCAUCGCUUCUUGUUCAGUGUUUCCCUGGCUUGCUUCCAAGCAAGGCCACUAGUUGUGUGCCGAUUAUAUCAGAGAGGGAUCUGCAUCUACCAUCACCAGCUGUUGAACUAAUCCCUUCAAAGAGUGCUCAUCCUUACAAAUAUGCUGGAGAGAAGGUCGAUGUCCAAGGUCUUGAUGUUUUCAAGGGGAAGGUCAGUGUAGCAGAUAUGAUAGCCUUUUCCCCUUCUGAAGUAGCAUCAUCAAAGCAUGAUGGUAGUCUCAAAUAUUGGGAGAGUUCCAUCACUAUUGUGAAUAUUAUUAAGAAUGAGAUCCGUGAUGGGCAGCUGAGCUUCAGGGGCAAGCGAGUUCUAGAGCUUGGAUGUGGAUCUGGCCUUGCUGGGAUUUUUGCCUGCUUGAAGGGUGCAUCUAUAGUUCACUUCCAGGACACAAAUGCAGAAACCAUAAGAUGCAGAACAAUGCCCAAUGUGCUUGCGAAUCUUGAGCAGGCUCGGGACAGGCAGAACAGACCAUCAGAGAGCCCGGUUACACCAUCCAGACAGUUGUUAGCUCCCGUUGUCCAUUUCUAUGCCGGGGAGUGGGAUGAGCUCCCCACAAUUCUCUCAGUUGUGCAUCCACCUGCACAACCAACAAACCUUAGCUUCUCUGAGGAUGAUUUUAUGGAUGGCUGCAGUAGCCAUGACGGAAGCAGUAUAGUUGGUCAGGACCCCAGGCGAUCGAGGAAGCUUUCUGGCAGCCGUGCAUGGGAGAGGGCCAGCGAGACCGACCCAGCAGAUGGAGGGUACGAUGUAAUUUUGAUUUCUGAGAUCCCUAAUGCGGUGAACUCUCUAAGGAAGCUCUAUGCCCUUAUCACUAAGUGCCUACGCCCUCCUUAUGGAGUCUUGUAUGUGGCUUCAAAGAAGAACAUGGUUGGUUCAAGCGGGGGCGCAAGGCAGCUUAAAAGUUUGAUGGAGGAGGAAGGUGUCCUUGGUGGUCACUUCUUGACUGAGAUAUCUGACCGGGAGAUAUGGAAGUUCUUUUUCAAGUAAACCGGCAAAUGUUGGGACUGAAAAAGAUGAUCCCGGCCAUGGCCUCGUAUACAAAAAGAAUUCAUUUGUCUACUCGCAGCGCUGUACAUACCGCGAAGCUUAGUUCGAUUAAUUCUUUGGUGAUAGGUUCAAGUAUGGGCCUCAGUUGUUAAACCUGCAAAUGUGUUGGCAUUUUAACCCUUCUGUAGAUCUCCUAUCUCCUAGGUGACUGUAUUGAGCUUUGCAUACCGAAUCUAUGGUGCUGGCAUAUCACACCACGCUAUCAGCAAUAUGUACAAAUGGAAAUGGUUACUGUA